UGACGCCCGGGCUGGGAAUGAGGAAGUGCUGUACACAAAACACACACAUCUCACAAAGCAUCACACUGACUGUACCCAGCUGCUGAACCCCCCUGCCUGGGCCUUGUACAUGAGCCGCCAGGAUGCCUCCCCCUUCACACACACAGAGCUGUGGACCUUGGGAAAUGAAGGAGCGGCUGGGGACUGGAGGAUUUGGAUAUGUACUUCGCUGGCUCAACAGGGAUACUAGUGAGGAAAUCGCCAUAAAACAGUGCAGGCAAGAGCUGAGUCCCAAAAAUCGGGAGCGAUGGUGCCUGGAGAUCCAGAUCAUGAAGAAAUUAAACCACAGGAAUGUGGUGUCAGCACGUGAAGUACCUGAGGGGAUGCAGAAUCUAUCUCCUAAUGAUCUUCCUCUGCUGGCCAUGGAGUUCUGCUUGGGAGGUGACCUGCGCAAGCAUUUGAAUCAGUACGAGAAUUGCUGUGGACUGAAGGAAGGAGCAAUACUGACCCUGCUGUGUGACAUCUCCUCUGCUCUCCGUUAUCUCCAUGAGAACCGGAUCAUCCAUAGAGACCUGAAACCUGAGAACAUUGUCCUGCAGCAGGGAGAGUGCAGGCUGAUCCAUAAGAUAAUUGACCUGGGAUAUGCCAAGGAGCUGGAUCAGGGCAGUGUGUGCACCUCCUUUGUGGGCACCCUGCAGUAUCUGGCUCCAGAACUCCUCGAGCAGCAGAAGUACACAGUCACUGUAGACUACUGGAGUUUUGGUACUCUGGCCUUUGAGUGUAUAACUGGAUUUCGUCCUUUUCUUCCACAUUAUCAGCCUGUGCAGUGGCACGGAAAGAUACAUGAGAAAAGUAAUGAACAUAUUGUGGUGUAUGAAGAUCUCUCAGGGGCGGUGAAGUUCUCCAGUGUCCUGCCAAUGCCCAAUCACCUCAAUGGGAUCUUGGCUGGUAAAUUAGAGCGUUGGCUGCAAUGUAUGUUAAUGUGGCACCCCAGACAGAGGGGCACAGAUCCCCAAAACCCUGAAGUUGGAUGUUUCCAGGCUCUGGACUCCAUUCUUAGCCUGAAGUUGCUAUCUGUGCUGAACAUGGCGUCUGGCCGCAUGCACACGUAUCCAGUGACAGAUGGUGAGAACCUGCAGUCUUUAAAGAGCCGCCUGGAACGGGAUACAGGAAUCCCGGAGGAGGAGCAGGAGUUACUACAAGCCUCUGGCCUAGCCCUGAAUCCCCACCAGCCUCUCAUACAAUAUGUGUUAGACAACAUGGUCAACGAUGGGCGUAACGGGGAGAGUGACCUGAUAUUUCUGUUCGAUAAUCGGAAAACUGUGUAUGAACCCCAGAUAUCACAUCGUCCUCACCCUGAGGGUGUCGGAUAUAUGUUACAGGACCCCAAGCAUCACCUGACAUACGUGCAACUCCGCCGAGUGUGGGGGCAGAUUUGGCAGACAAUACGCACAUUGAAAGAGGACUGUGCCCGGCUGCAGAUGGGACAGCGAACUACUAUGGUGAACCUCCUGCGAUAUAACACUGAGCUUUCCAAAAAGAAGAAUCUGAUGACCUCGGAGUGUGAGCAGCUAAAGGCCAAACUCGAUUUCUUCCGGAGCAGUAUCCAGAUCGAUCUGGAGAAAUACAGUGAACAGAUGGAGUUUGGAAUAACCUCUGAAAAGCUGCUUUCAACAUGGAGAGAGAUGGAGCAGGCAGUUGAGCUGUGCGGGAGGGAGCAGGAGGUGCAGCUCUUAGUGGAGAAGAUGAUGGCCUUACAAACAGACAGUGUAGAUUUGCAGAGGAACCCAUUGGGCAGAAGACAUCGGGGAACCCUGGAUGACAUAGAGGAGCAGGCUAAGGAUCUGUAUCGUAGACUACGAGAAAGGCCUAGAGAUCAGAGGACUGGAGGGGACAGCCAUGAGAUGGUGCGGCUCCUUCUCCAGGCUAUCCAGAGCUUUGAGAAAAGAGUUGCUUUAAUAUAUGACCAGCUCAGCAAGACAGUCCUAUGCAAGAGGAAAGCCCUGGAGCUUGCCCCACGGGUGAAGGAAGUCAUGAGUCUGAUGAGAGAAGAUGAGAAAAUGGUGGUGAAGAGGCAAGAGAAGAGACAGCAGGAGCUGUGGGACCUGCUGAGGAUUGCUUGUAGUAAAGUGCGUGGUCCAGUAAGUGCUCCGCUGCUUCCGCAGCCCCCUGCCCUGCCAGAAAGUCUAAACCAGGAGUAUACCAGGAAGAGUGAGGACCUUCUGUCUGAGUCACGGAGUCUGUGUGGACAACUUGAGUCUUCUAUGAAGAGUUUAAUGUCAGAGCAAGGUGCCAGUCUCAUGACAUUUGACUGGUCCUGGCUGCCUCCCCAAGAAGAGGAAUUAGCAGGCUGUCGGAUCACAGCAACGUGAGGCUAAUCUGCAGCGAUAGACAAUUACAACAAUCUGUGCCUUUUACCCUCCUCUGUGUAGGACUUCAUAUCCUAUUACACUUGGCCAAAUAAGACCUUUCUACUGUCUGGAUGUAUGUAGAGAGGAUCAGUAUAGUGUUGCCUGUUUUAAUUAUAUAUAUAUAUAUAUAUAUAUAUAUAUAAAU